AGUAAACAAAUGUGCCUGACUUCCCCACGAGAUUCCACAUCUAUAGACUUCACGAAGAUCAAUCCCCUCAGCUCCUUUUAGCAUUUCUUGAUAAUGUUCUCGAUAUUUUAACUUCCUCUGUAAGUAAUUCUAUCGGAUUCCGUCAGUAUUCACAUCUGGUCCAUGUCAGUGAAUAUUACAUCUCUCCUACCAAUCCUGGUGGUGAUUUUGACUCUCUACCAUCCAGUCUCCAGUUUCACAACUUGUACAAACUAUUUUAACGGGGUAGAGGAUACCAGAGAGUGUGUAUAUGCCUGCUGUUUUGACGGUGGUAGCUUCUCUAUAAAUCUGAAAGAUACGGAGGUUUGCUCUGAUGAAAACCAGAAAUGUCUCUAUGAUAAACCUACAAUUCCUACCAGCUGUCCGAUAAGAAUAAACAAAGAGUUGGAAAUGUUUGGUUGUGGUGUUGGCGUUGCUUGCUGUUAUCCACUGAACGGACCAGUGCCAGAGUUUAAACACCGAAUUCCAAGCAAGAAUGCUGUUUGUAGCACUACAGACGGCAACUGUAUAAAGUACGGACCAGAUGGUUUUGACAUAUGGGGUCUGAUCGAUCUAAAGAAGGAUAAAGAUGACUAUCUGACUACGGAAGAUGUCUACUGCUACGAGAACUGCAUGUCCGAUAUUAACUCUAGUUUUGACGGCCUUGAAAUCGGAGAUCUCUCCGGCCUCAAUUGGCCAUCAUGCUCAAACGAAACCGUCGGCUCAUGCUCAGCUACUACUGAAGAAGUAUGCCUUUUUCUCGACAUAAGCUCCAAAGCAGACAUGACUGUCCCAACACCACAAGGAUUGAUCAGUCAGCCGGGUGACCUUGGCAUCAGAGCCUUUUACUGCGGCACAUUAGAGGAUGAUAUCAAACCAGAAAACAAGUGCAAUAGUGUCAAGGAACAGUUUACCAGUCUGUCUGAUACACUCUACGCUGUUUCCACGAUUGAGUUAAAAAACUUCCAAACAGAUUGUGGCAAGUUGGACGUGUGUAAAGAGAAUUGUGUGUCUGAGAAGCACAGACCAAAGAAAGACAAAAGAGGACUGGCAUGGUGGGUAAUAUUGUUAAUAGUUCUCUCUCUCCUUCUGUUGAUAGUUAUUAUUACAGCAUUGGUUAUUCUUCUGGUUAAGCUUUGCAAAAUAAAGCGCAGUCAAUCCUAUAGACGAUGAAGCCGGCAUUUUCAGUAGAGUCGGAUUACCCUUUAUGAUUCACCCUUUUUGAAAAUCAAAACGAACCAGAACUAUACUCUGAGUCUGAUAUUUUUUAAAUACUGAGAUUCUUUUCCGGAAGUUCAAUGAUUUAUUUUUAUUUUUUAAAUUAAUUUAAAAAAUU